GGCUCUUCUCAAUCUCGUCUUCAUUUCGCCAUGAAAGAUGAAAACUUGGCUGCCAUUAAGAUUCAGAGUGCUUUCCGGGGAUAUCUUGCAAGGAAAGCUUUGAGAGCAUUGAAGGGAGUGGUGAAGCUUCAAGCCAUUGUUCGUGGACAAGUUGUGCGACGUCAAGUAGGCACGAAAUUGAAGCGUUUGCCAUCCAACGCAAAGAUGCGAUCGAAGGUCCGAGUGACGACCAUUGACAUUUGUAAGGAAGGCGGAAAUAAACAAUUGUCCAAGUCCAAGGAGUUGGGAGAAAUGGACAGUAAGCAUAUGACAUAUGCUGCUCUUUGUUUUGGUUUCUUGACAGCUCGAAUGCAAAAGCCAAAGUUGUUGGGAUUACAGCACACUUUCAAAGGAAGACAUGGAAAGCCUAUGGUUCAAGAAGCAAGAGGCUAGCAUCAAAAGGGACCGAAUGAUGAAGUACUCAUUUUCACACCGGGUAAUUUUAUCUCAAAUGCUAUUUGUUUUCUGUUGUUCCCUUCA